ACCACAGAACGUGCGAGCCGUGAUUAAAUCGCACAUUUGUACGCACUUAUACAGAGAUACAGAUUUGACUCCGAUAAGUCAAAGACGAGUGUGGACGUACACCUCCAACGCCCGGUCACAUCACUUAUCUGAUGCUACGUGCUACAGGUGUCGGGGGGAUUUUUAGAAUCUAGAAAUCCCAGCAAGUAUGAGAAAAUCGCUGGUUGUAAACCUAGUAGUGCUGAUUUUCAUGGCGGACAAAGUGACCUCGAGUGGUCAAAGCCACCUCAACAAAUCCUCCUAUGAAAUCGCUCACCAGGCCCUUGUAGAACAAAUGACAGUCGUUGAAGGGUAUGACAGCAGGAUUCGACCACACCUUAGACAGGGCACCCCUACUAUCGUGAGAGUUAAUCUGGCGAUCAACUCAUUUAGUGAGUUUAACUCAGCUAACAUGGAUUUUUCAGUCAACCUUUAUUUGCGCCAGAUGUGGAAUGACCCCCGUCUUGCUCUGAACGCUAGCGUCCACGGUCACGAUGCCGGCAUCACCCUGUCGGACAAGGCGCUGGCGGACCUGUGGGUCCCGGAUUUAUUCUUCUCGAACGAAAAGCAGUCUUGGAGACACGAUAUCACGACGCCAAAUGUCCUGUUAAGAAUUGGCCAAGAUGGCAGUGUUCUGUACUCCCAAAGGUUAUCUGCAAAGCUAGAUUGUUUGUACGAUUUCGGGAACUUCCCAAUGGACAUCCAGACAUGCCGAAUUGAGAUGCACAGUUACGCUUACACAACUGAUGACAUAAUAUUCGUAUGGAGUGAUAAUCCAGUACAGAUAAAAAAGAGCCUCUAUUUGCCAGAAUUUAACCUAGAACAUGCAACGCCCAAUAACUGCACCACACGGACCGCGACAGGAGAAUACACGUGUAUAUACGCCGAGUUCCGCAUGCGCCGAGACAUACGCUUCUACCUACUGAACAUCUACGCUCCAACAAUUGUAGUCGUGAUCUUGUCCUUCCUCAACUUUCUCAUAGACCCAAGUGCCGCCCCAGCCCGCGUGUCCAUUGGCUUAAUCACCGUCCUAACCAUCACCACACAGAGCGUCAGCCUCCAGGAGCGUCUUCCCAGGGUGUCUUAUAUUAAAGCAGUUGAUGUAUGGCUGGCGUCGUGCCUCUUGUUUGUUGUCAGCUCUAUGCUGGAGUACGCCUUGGUCAACGUGCUGUUACAGAGGGAGGCGCGAAUGGCGGAUAAAAUCAACGGGUCGGUGAAUUGGCGUCUUAAUAGCGCGAACAAAUUAGAAACGUACCAAAUGCGCCAGCUGCCUCAGUUAAGCAAGCGGUACUUCUUAUUGUACCGUGGAUCAAUAGAUAAGAAUCUGUGCGAAUGUAAAGGCGGCCGGACGGAAACCGAAACAAACCAGCGUGACGGCAAUGGCUUGUCUCCCAGUGUACAGAGUAAGAACAGUUUAGGUACAGAUUCCGAUCUCGACCAUCGUCUUGCUGUAGAGGGCGUGAAAUGUAAAAAAACUGGAUGGACCGCGGAGGAGGUGGACAACGCUGCCAAAUUUCUGUUUGGCAUCGGAUUUCUGGUAUUUAAUGUCCUGUAUUGGUGCCUCUACUUGCUGCUUUUGUCGGAUUAA